AUGUGUAAGAAUAUAAGUGAAAUUUCCGACUUAGUGAAACGCUUUCGCGAACUUUUUGAAUUAUAUCCUUGUGAAAGUUCUGCGAAUGAUCUUUGUGAAAACCUCCUAGCGUUAGGAAAAGAUAGAAAUGUAAAAAAACCACCAAAUAGCUUUAUGAUAUUUCAGGCAUUUAUAAGAAGCCAAUUGAGAACCAAUGAAAUUCCCGAAAACCUAAAUAAGAUUAAGAAUCAAAAAAUUCUCUCAAAAGUGAGUGCCGAAAUAUGGAAUAAAUUUUCAGAGGAAGACCAACAAAUUUAUCGUGAACUUAAACAAAGAAUAACAUCCAUGCAUAAAGAGAAAUACCCUGACUGGAAAUCCAAGCAAACCAGAACUAGGGCAACUUUCAGAGUUCACGCAUUGAGAUAG